AUGACAACUGCUCCUUAUGAAUCUUCUCCAGUUCCAAUUGACUGUAUCACGGCACAUUUAUUGUCAUUCAAUCCAGUAUAUCGGACUGCUCAGAUUUAUCAACAAUUUAUCCUGGUUCUCGCAUUUUUUCCACUUUCUUAUUUCCUGGUUUUUCAACUCUGGAAAUCCAAUUUUCAUGGAAACCUUAAAUGGCUUCUGGCUGGUUACUUUGGAACAAUGACAGUUUUCGCAAUCGUUUUUUCGGUGCUAGAGAUAAUAUUCUGUUUUUUAAUCAUUUGCUUGGUUUUUCUGAAUGCAAACAUUGUUCAAGGAUCCAUCUCAUUCGUGUUUAUUCCAGCAUCAGUGGCUCCAAGAAUGUAUAUGCUCUAUGGAAUGAUGUUAGCAUUAAACAUAUUCAAUUUCGGUCUAAGUUUUCCCCUUAUUUAUAAAAACCGAAAAGUCAUGCGAAUAAAUGCUUCAUUAUCCGUCAAGUAUCAGUUAGGAGAAGUGUUCCUCUCAACUAAAUUCUCAUAUUCUGUGAUCCUUGUCCAUGUUAUUUUCUUCGGUGUCUAUGUUUCUGUCAACAUUUCAUUCAAGUAUUUUGGUGACCUAGUUUCCAAAGAUCCAAUAACUUUGACAAUCGUUCGAGCAUCUUGGAUGACGAUGAUUUCCACGUACACCUUUGCAAUAGGACCAGCGGCGAUCUACUUUUACAAGAAAAUGCAGUCUAGGCGAGAAGCAGAUAGAGCCAAAAUGAUUCAGAUGGAAGCAAAAGGAAAGAAAGGAGCAAAAAACUACGAUAAUGCAAUUGCCAACAUCUGGAAGACUGCAACAGUUCCCAUUGAUUAA